CUAUCUUAAAAACAUCUUGUAAAAUCUCUGUUUUUCUUUCUCACCUCUCUGUUUUUCCUCUCUCUCUACAGAGUUUUCUUUAUCUCUAAGAAAAACAUUUUUUUAAAAAAAAUUCAGGGUUUAUAAGGUUUAAGUUUCAGAAGAGGUUUACUAGAACGAGAGAUUUUUUUUAUGUGCACCUUAAAAGUGGCAAACCAGGAAGAUAACGUUGGUAAAAAAGCCGAGCCGACCACUCGAGAAGAUGAUCACCGGACGUUAUCAGACAUGGAUCAAUGGUUUUACUUAUUCCCGGCCGAAGACAGCCACCUCCAUCACCGUGAUAACGCUCUUACGCCUCCGUCAUCGUCUCUUAUGCCCAGUUUUAGCAGAGAGAUGGAGAUGUCUGCGAUCGUCUCUGCUUUGACACAUGUCGUCUCUGGAAAUGUUCCUCCUCAUCAAUUCGUUGGCGGUGGAGAAGGUACUUCGAAUUCCUCCUCGUCCUCCGGGCAGAAGAGGAGGAGGGAGGUUGAGGAAGGUGGCGGUGGAGGUAAAUCAGUCAAGGCAGCUAAUACUUUGACGGUUGAUCAAUAUUUCUCCGGAGGCAAUUCUAGUUCGAGAGUGAGAGAAGCUUCGAGCAACAUGUCAGGUUCAGGCCCAACAUAUGAGUACACAACUACAACAACUACUAACACCGAAACGUCGUCGUUAAAUGGGGACCAACAACCUCGAAGAAGAUACAGAGGAGUGAGACAAAGACCGUGGGGAAAAUGGGCGGCUGAGAUUCGAGAUCCUUUCAAAGCUGCUAGAGUUUGGCUCGGUACGUUCGACAACGCUGAAUCAGCUGCAAGAGCUUACGAUGAAGCUGCUCUUCGGUUCAGAGGCAACAAAGCCAAACUCAACUUCCCUGAAAAUGUCAAACUCGUUAGACCCGCUACAACACAAUCUGUACAGCAAACAACCGCUGUUCAGACACCAACACAGUUCAGGAACUCGGCUUCUACAAGUACCCUUUUGCCCCUAAGACCUGCCGUUAACUCUCAGCCGUUGAUUCAACCGUAUAACUUGAGUUACUCAGAGAUGGCUCGCCACCAACAACAGUUUCAGCAACAUAAUCAUCAACAAACUAUGGAUUUGUACGAUCAAAUGUCGUUUCCGUUGCGUUUUGGUUACACCGGAGACUCAAUGAUGCAAUCCACUUCGUCAUCAUCUUCUCAUUCUCGUCCUCUGUUUUCUCCAGCAGCGGUUCAACCGAGUGAAACCGGUUAUCUCCAGGACAUACAAUGGUCACCAGACAAGACAAGUAAUCAUAAUUACAAUAAUAGUUCAUCCUCCUAAUGGAAUUGCUUCAUUUCCUUUUCUUUUAACUAUAUAGAGCUAAAUAGAAAAGAGAAUGAUCAUUGCUUGUUGUAGGGUUUAGGUUUAGGUUUGUAUUGCUUCUUUCUGCCUUGCAUGUUUUUCCUGUUUUUUUCAACAUUUUAUCUUCUUUUUUUUUGCAUAAUAAUAAAUUUGUUGUAAAAAGUAAGAAGAGUUUUUUUUAACUCUGUUAUCUGAACCAAACAAAUACAACAAAAGUUAAAUGAAGAAUUUUUAGGACAGAA